CAAUUGAAAUGGCUUCCAGCUGGUGUGCCCCGGCUUCAGAGCUCUCCUGUCCGGUCUGCCAGGAUAUCUUUAAGGAUCCCGUUCUGCUUCCUUGCAGCCACAGCUUCUGUCACGCCUGCGUGCUACAGUGUUGGAAAACGAAGCGGGUACGUGAAUGUCCCGUUUGCAAGGCAGUGUCUCGGUCUAAUAGACCGCCUCGGAACCUGGUGUUGAAGAACCUGUGUGAGGCUUUCUUACUGGAAGUGGAGUCUGGAGCUUUCUGUCGCCUGCACAAGGAGAAACUCAAGCUUUACUGUUGGGACCAUUGGACCCCUGUUUGUGUUGUCUGCAGAGAUUCACUACAGCACAGAGACCACAGGUUUACACCCGUGGACGAAGCUGCUUGGUUUUACAGAAAUGAUCUGCGGGAACGUUUGAGUCCCUUAGGGGACAAAGUGAGACUCUUCAGUGAAAUGAAAAUGAAGUGGGAGAUAACAGAUGAAGACAUUAAGAACCAAGCUCAGGACACAGAGGGGAAGGUGAGAGAGGAGUUCAGGGUGCUUCAGGAGUUUUUGCUAUCGGAGGAAGAGUUCAGGAUCGCAGCACUGAGAGCAGAGGAGGAGCAGAGAAGAAAGAUGAUAACGGACAAGAUUGCAGGUUUGACGAGGGAAAUAACCGCUCUGGAAAGUACCAUCAAUACCAUAGAAGAAGUGCUGAGAGAAGAGGACGCGUCUUUCCUGUUAAAAGCCAAUGCUGCAGCGAGAGAAGCUCAGCGCCCCCUGCCGGAUGAUCCACAGCAUUCACCAGGGGCCCUGAUCGACGCUGCCAAAUACCUGGGAAAUCUGAGCUUCAGCGUCUGGUCCAAAAUGAUGGAGCUGGUGUCAUACACACCUGUAAUCCUGGACCCCAGCACUGCCCAUGAAGAACUCCACCUGUCUGAGGGUUUGACCAGCGUGAGAUGUGGACCAAAGCAGCUCCUAGCUUCAACCCCAGAGAGGAUGCAGCAGCACCACAGCGUCUUGGGCUUUGAGGGCUUCAGCUGGGGCAGUCACAACUGGGAUGUUGAGGUUGGAGACAGUCAAGUAUGGGCACUGGGUGUGAUAGCACAGGAUGCUCAGAGGAUGGGAAACAUACUGUCUGGGUUAUGGAUGGUGAGGUUCUGUCAUGGUAAAUUCACAGCAUUCUGCCCAUCACGUCCAGCCACUGUCCUUCCACUGAAGGACAGGCCUCAGAGGGUCAGAGUGCACCUGGACUGGGACAACGGAAAGCUGUCCAUCUCCAAUCCAGAUACUAACACACUCAUACACACCUUCACAGACACAUUUACCAACAAACUGUUUCCAUACAUCAACACCUGGAGUGAAACCCCACUGAAGAUAUUACCUCUGAAGCUCUCUGUAACAGUGACACAGCCGUUAGAGAAUUAAAGAGGAAAAUCAAUUAAGAAUUAAGGUCAAAAUAAUGAAGUGUAGUGCCUUUUAAGACAGGUUUUUGUUUCUCUGUGGGGCUGUCAUUGCAGCAAUAACAACAAUGUGUUACAAUGGAGAAGUUAAGAAGGGAGAAAAUGGAGAUAAUGAAGAUUGCAAGAUUGAAUAAGUAAUUUAAAAUGUAGAAAAAAGUGUACUGUUCUAUCUCUAUUAAUCGGGCUAAAGCCAGAAACUGCAGACAUGUGAGUGGCCUUCAGUCAUGCACUGUCGUUACUGGACUAUACUUACUACACCUGUGAAAUGAAUGCUAAUUAAUUAAUUAAUGCCACACUGGGAAUCUUUUCACGCCAACCAAAUUGUACUUACUAUACUAUCUAUCUAUCUAAAUGAUAGCCAUUAAAUUGAACAUAGUUCUGCACUUUCUCGCAGUUUCUGUAUUUUCCUUUACUUUGCACUUUAUUGAGGUUUGUUAAGGGUGGUGGUACCUUGAUGGUCAUGUAGUGCAAUACUGAAUAGCGCUGUACAAAUAAAAUUUUGAUUGAAUGUUUAUUUUUCUUUUUUUCUCCGAGACUGUUGGAGUGUCUUUGUAUUUCAAACAUCAAAAAGUUUUUUAAUUGUUAAGAUUUGACAGGUACUUGUUGUGUCAUUGUUUCAAAUUUUUGUACUCGGUUGAGCCAUGGCAUCCUCAUUAAAACUACGUCCG